CACCCUGAGUCUGCAACUCACUGCCUUUCCUCACCUCACAGUCAAGAACAGAGGAACGGAAUGGAUACGGAAGGGAGCCAAAGCAGCCUGUCCUCCGUGGACAACUCCCCCCACGACCCUUGCAAAAUGUUCAUCGGGGGUCUCAGUUGGCAGACAACACAAGAGGGUUUGAAUGAAUACUUCUGUAAAUUCGGCGAGGUGAAGGAGUGUAUGGUGAUGCGAGAUCCAGUUACGAAGAGAUCAAGGGGAUUCGGGUUUGUCACAUACAUAGACCAAGCUGGUGUGGAUAAAGUUUUGGCGCAAAACAGACAUGAGCUGGAUUCUAAAACAAUUGAUCCCAAGGUGGCGUUUCCUCGUAGAGCCCAGCCCAAGUUGGUGACCAGGACAAAGAAGAUAUUUGUGGGAGGCCUCUCUGUGAACACAACCAUCGAGGACGUCAAGCAAUACUUUGACCAGUUUGGAAAGGUCGAUGAUGCCAUGCUCAUGUUCGACAAAACCACCAACAGACACAGAGGUUUUGGCUUUGUGACCUUUGAGAAUGAAGACAUGGUGGAAAAAGUGUGUGAGAUCCACUUCCACGAAAUCAACAACAAAAUGGUGGAGUGCAAGAAAGCCCAGCCCAAGGAAGUGAUGUCACCGACGGGUACGGCUCGAGGUCGUGCCAGGAUUAUGCCCUACGGCAUGGACGCUUUCAUGCUGGGGAUCGGCAUGUUGAGCUACCCAGGCUUCCAAGCAGCUACGUACGCUAGCCGCAGCUACCCUGGCAUCGCUCCUGGAUACACCUACCAGUUCCCUGAAUUCCAUUUAGAGAGGACCCCCCUUCUGACAUCACCCCACCCCUCUGAGCUCACAGCCAUUCCACUGUCAGCCUACGGACCAAUGGCAGCGGCAGCAGCAGCUGCUAUGAGAGGUUCCACCCAGUCGCGUAACGCAGGCUAUCUGGGCACCAGCAGCCCUGGGCCAAUGGCUGACCUGUAUGCAGCAGCUAGUCAGGACUCAGCAGUCAGCAGCUAUCUCAGCGCAGCCAGUCCUGGCCCCAACUCAGGAUUCGGCCACAGUCUUGGGGGUCCUCUGAUCGCCGCCUUUACCAACGGGUACCACUGAGCAGAUUCAGCCAAUCACCGGACACGGAAGGAGGUCACUUCUGCUGAUGAGCCAAUCAACUGCUGUGUGCCUACCCAUGGCACAAUCUGAUUGGCAGCCACAGGUCAAUCCCUGCCCCUGGCUCCCCCUGACUCCACCCACCGACUGAAGAAGAUAUUUUAUUUUAUAUUUUAAACUCCUGUAUCCUGUAGUCCUGUACUAAUAUCACUUCCUCUUCUCAGUCCCUUGUUUCUCCUAUCCUUUACCUUCACGUAGGUUUAUUUAAUUAGAUUCCAAUGCUGUUUCUUUUUUUAAAUAUCAUUCUGACAGAAAAAUAAAUGUGAAAACAAUGAUUGUGGGUUGCGCUCAUGGCAAACACAGAUUCUGUCAGAUUUCUUUUUGAUUUAUAUUUGAGGAAUUUUUAUUUAAUCACAAUGUUUUGAUGUAUUGUCUGCUCCUUUGACCUCCCUUUAAUGUGUUACUGAGGUGAGAUGGAGAGAACGAGGAGAAGAGAGGGGUAGAGAGAACUGAAAUGGUGUGUGGGAUGGGGUCUCCUUGUCAAAAGGAGUACCUAACCCAUUUUAAACAGUGGAAGAACAAAGAAAUGAUGUCAUUUCCUUUUUUAACAAAUGUGUCACAGGAAACAUGAAAAGAAAACAAAAAUGUAUAUUUUGAUAGUUUUAAAAACAAAACAUUUGUAAUAUUGUUAUUAAUAUUGAACGGGAUGAUAAUAAUGAUGAUAAUCGGUAAGGUAUUUUAUUCCGUAAUUGGUUUAGAAAGGAAUGUUUUAUUUCCUUCCUGUAAAAUAUUGUAUAUAGAGUUU